AUGGCUUCAAAGUCCAAGUCCAAGCAAGAAGAAGCUCUGCAGUUUCUCGACGAUCUCGACUCCUUGGCGCCUCCAGGCGAUGUCCCCGAGUCCACCCAAGGUUCUCACCCUCCUGGCGGUGAGGCCGAGGUAUACGCAUUCAUAGACGAGAUCACCCAGAAGAGCUCGGAGCCUCCUCGUAUUUCGACGUCCCACAUCGAGCGGCCCUUGUCGCGUGCAGGGACACCUGGGCCAACCGUCAGGAAGAGCACCGAGCGAGUUCGCGUAGGUGCGGCGACACCUCUGUUGCCGACGACCACCACCUCUGCUCCCAAAGCGGACGCUUCUGGCUCUCGUCUGGGUACUCCAGUCACUCCGAAUGAAGGCGCUUACCAGGAGGCACAAGCUGCUGCUGGCGGUUGGGGUUGGGGGAGUGUAUGGACGAGUGCCAGUGCUGCUAUCCAGCAGGCUAAGACUGUUGUAGACGAACAAGUGAAGAAGAACGAGCAGGCUCGCAAGUGGAGUGAGGGGGUUCUAGAGUAUGCAAAGAACGCCCAGCUCAACAAACUCGGUAACGACUUCAAGAGAGUCGGACUGUCCACCCUCACCGACAUCCUCAAUGUCGUCGCCCCGCCCAUUUCGGAGCACGAAGUGAUUCAGGUCUGGCUCAGUCACGAUAUGGCCGGUUAUGACGGCGUCGAAUCGCUUGUAUACAGGGCGCUAUCGAGGAUUAUGGAGCAAGUAGAAGGUGGAGAUCUCGUUGUCAACCGAGGCGAUGAGUCUCGGCCCAAGGAAUCCACAGAUGGGAAGAGGGAGUUGAACGCCGUGGAAGGAUUCGAAGCAGCCUUGAAGCUCGCCCAAGCCAAUAUUGAUGAGAUCAUCAAGCGUAAUGCGAAGCCCCUACAAACGCACCCAACAUCGGCUCAAAAUCCUACGACGUACUCCUACGUAUACGUUCGCAUACAGCCAUACCUGACGACCUUCCCUCUUCCUCAACCGUCCGUUAACGCCGAGGUCGUCACCCCCGCAACACCCACUACACAGACGUCCUUGCAAUUCCUCAUUUACCUGUCAGAUCCCACGCAUCAGCUGAAUCAUUCCACGGUCACCCAAGCGGUUCCGGGCAAUUGGCUCGACUUUUGGGACGAGUACGAAUGGGUGGAAGAUUUGGUCGUGGAGGCCAUUCGAGUAGGCGUCGAGGUGAUCGGUCAGGAGUACGUCGUCUCGCGAAUGGGAUGGAGCAAUCCGACGGAGAGGGGACCUCAACAACCGGAACCAACUGUAGAAGAGACGACUGCCGCUUGA